GCCUGGCGCGGCCCCCAGCCCGGCUCGCUCCAGCGUCACAGCCAUGGCGGCCUCGCUUUUGCUGCGGCAAGGACGAGCUGGGGCGCUGAAGACCGGACUCCAAGCAGGGGUGUUUCGAGGAUUCGCUUCCACCAUUUCUCUGGCUACGAAGUCAGGACAGAGUGAAAAAGGACUGCCACCGAAUCCCAAGAAGCAAAGUCCACCAAAAAAUGUAGUGGAACCAAAAGCGAGGGGCAAGCUGCUAACCUCCCACCGAGCGGCUGGACUGUCUAAGUUCUCUCCGCCCAGUUCUCACCCGGCAGUUGCGAAUAAAGGCGGGAUGGUAGCUAAUCCUGACCCUGAUGACAUCGUGCUGGUCACAGAUGAAGGGGCCCCGAGAGUUCUGGCGAGGAAGACCUUGGUAGAGUUUCCUCAGAAAGCUGCCUCUUCUUUCCGAAAGCAGGGUUCUGACUUAGACAGGCACUGGGGAAGCAGGGAAGUGGGACAGGAUUCAUCCUCAUCUUCGUCCAGUUCUUCUGAUUCGGAUUCCGAGGAAGAAGAAGAACAUGUCUCAGAAGUUGGCCCAUGGGCUGGGAGCAAAGGUCGUGGGAGCUUUUCAGAAUCAGAGGCUUCCUCUAAAGGCAGGGCUCCCAGGGAGAUGACAGCAGCCUGGUCCCCAACGCCAACAGACUCAAAGAAGCCCUACCAGGCAAAGAUGAAGACAAGGCCCCAAGCAGAAAUGAACGAAGGUGCUCAGAAGCAACGCGUCAAAGAAAAGCAACCACAGAGCGUCUUCAGAUCACAUGAAAUAGAUGGAGAAAGCCAAGCACCAGCUGAGCUGAAGCAAGACUUACCUGACCACGCAGGGCCGAGCGUGGCUGCACAGCUGAGCCCAGGGCCAUCUCGAAUGGCUGAAGACUCGGGGGCAGAAAAACAGGCACAGGCAGCCCUUUCUGAGGCCAGAGGGGAGAGCGUGGAAAAACAAGAGCCAGGACCAAAACGGAGGGUGGCUUCUCCCCAGCUGGAGAAAGAAAACGUGGAGAAGCCGGUAGGAGACCUGGAGGCAGCUGCUCAGACUGAAGAAGGCGUUUUGGAACAUCUGGGAGCAAUAGGAAGUUUGAAGACCGUUCCUGCUCCAGACGAAGAUGCUGUCAAUGAAAAGAUACCUGCACUAAACUUUGAGGCUAGGAGCGAAAGACUUCAAGACUCGGCAACUCAGCGGGAAGACCCCGACCGCGUACAGGAGACUGAGCCGGCUGCUGCGCCCGCCGAGCCCUUUGAUAACACCACCUACAAGAACCUCCAGCACCAUGACUACAACGAGUACACCUUCUUAGACUUGAACCUGGACCUUUCCAAGUUCAGAAUGCCUCAGCCUUCUUCAGGACGCGAGUCGCCACGGCACUGAGGGCUCCCAGCUUGCACUUGCCCAUCUUUGCUGCUUUUGGGCUGCAGAAAUAAAGUCCGCUCCACAGUC